AUGCUGAAGAUUGGCUACAAGCGUUGUGAGUUCGAUUGUUGUGUUUACACUAAGAGCCUUGGUGAUGGUUCUAUGAUUUUUCUGUUACUUUAUGUUGAUGACAUGCUUAUUGCUGCAAAGAAUAUGCGUGAUAUUGUUGAUCUGAAAAGCCUUUUGAGUCAGGAAUUUGAGAUGAAGGGUUUGGGGGCUGCCAAGAAGAUUCUUGGGAUGGAGAUUCACAGGGACAGAGGAUCGAAGAAGCUGUGGUUAUCUCAUAAGGGUUAUGUGGAGAAGGCGCUACAGAGGUUUGGGAUGAAUGAAGCAAAACUGGUGAGCGCUCCAUUAGCAAACCACUUCAAGCUUUCUGUUGAUCAGUGCCCCAAGUCGGACAAGGAGACUCAGGAUAUGGUGGAGAUACCUUAUGCCAGUGCUGUUGGAUGUCUGAUGUAUGCCAUGGUAUGUACUCGUCCUGAUUUAGCUUAUGCUGUUGGUCAAGUUUGCAAGUAUAUGUCUAGGCCGGGUAAACAACAUCGGGAGGCAGUCAAAUGGAUUUUCAGAUAUUUGAAAGGAGAUCUACCACUGAGUAUGUCUUCACUUUUGGUGGAGGGCCUAUUUGUUGGAGGUCGAAUACUCAGACUAUAG